UAUAUUUGUGAUUUUCAUAUGCUUUACAUACAUACAUAGAUUAUUAAAUUUGUUUGGCAUUAAGACUAAAUUAAUCAACAUUCAAUGGCGCUCAGUCAACUGUGGUUUGGACUAAACCGAAACGUGGGCGCCUUUUUGUGCAUCAAGCCGGAAAAUUGUGCAAGAAAUGAAUUGGCCCAACAGCCAGUGCGACACUGGCAUGCAAAUAUCAUCAAACAGGACUACCGCAAAGUUAUCGAUCCAAAGUAUAACAAGGGAUUGGGCUUUACGCAUGAGGAACGCCAGAAGUUAAGUGUGAUUGGGUUGUUGCCCUGCGCAUAUCGCACUGAAGCCGAACAGUUGUAUGCAGCGAACGUUAACUUUAAUUCACAAGAAUCCAAUAUGGGACGCUAUCUCUAUUUGAGAACGUUGCGAUCGCGACAGGAGCGACUUUAUUAUCGCUUUGUCAGCGAAUAUGUGGAGAAAGUGAUGCCCAUCAUAUAUACGCCCACGGUGGGUGCCGUCUGUCAGAGAUUCAGUUCGAUCUACAGCAGUUCGAUGGGGCUGUAUGUGUGCAAAUACGACAGGGGUAACAUGUACCAUGUGCUCAACAAUUGGCCGGGCAAGGAUAUUCGGGCCGUGUGCGUGACGGAUGGGGAGCGCGUUCUUGGCUUGGGUGAUCUGGGUGCCCAUGGGAUGGGCAUAGCGGUGGGCAAGCUGGAUUUGUAUACGGCUCUGGGUAAGAUUCCGCCGCAGUAUCUAAUGCCCGUUGUCCUCGACGUGGGCACUAACAAUAAGAUGCUCCUUGCGGAUCCUUUGUAUAUUGGUGUGAGGGAGAAACGCUGCACUGGCAAGGAGUACGAGGAUCUUGUGCAAGAGUUCAUGGACGGCGUUGUCAGUUCCUGGGGCCAUGAGACACUUAUCCACUUUGAAGACUUUGCUACGCCGAAUGCAUUCAAGUUCAUCAGCAAGUAUCAGGACAACUAUUGCUACUUCAAUGAUGACAUCCAGGGCACAGCGGCCACAGGACUCGCCGGCUUUCUAGCCGUUGAGCGCAUCACGAAGAGACCGCUCAACGAACACCUUAUUCUAUUUGUAGGCGCUGGCAGUGCAGCCCUCGGCAUUGGCAAACUUGUUGUAAAGGAGCUGAUGAGCCGAAAGAUGAGUGCCGAGGAGGCUAUGAAAAAUAUUUACCUCAUGGAUUCAUUUGGUGUUGUGACAAAAGACAGAAAAGAUUUUAUUUUACCCGAUAUAGAGCCAUUUGCCAAGGACAUGCCACCCUUAACGGAUCUCGAACAAGUGGUGAAAGAGCUGAAGCCCUCAAUAUUGCUAGGUGCCACGGGUCAGGGCGGCAUUUUUACAGAGAAUGUCCUACGCCUCAUGGCCCAAGAUCAAAAGCAGCCAGCCAUUUUUGCGUGCUCGAAUCCUACGAGCAAGGCUGAAUGCACAGCAGAACAGGCGUACAAUUUUACAGAGGGUCGAGCACUUUUUGCCUCUGGCUCCCCCUUCCCACCCGUUCUGAUGGAUGGCAAGCGUUUGACGCCAUCGCAGGCCAAUAAUGCAUUUGCCUUUCCCGGCGUGGCUUUAGGUGCAAUGUGUGCCAAGCCCCACACAAUACCGGACGAGGUAUAUCUUAUUACGGCACGCACACUGGCCGACUAUGCGGUCGAGGAGUAUCCGGAUAGCGUUAUUCUCUAUCCACCUGUGAUGGAUGCCGCUAAUGUGGCCUUUAAGGUUGGCGUUGCUGUCGCAGAGUAUCUAUUUGACACGGGCUUGGCCACCAAAUUCCCGAUACCCGAUGAUGUUUGUGCGUUUGUCAGCGGAUAUCAGUACAACACGGCUCUCGAGCCAGCCCUGCCAGUAACGUGGAAGUACCCAGAACAGCCACGGAUUUCAUUACCCAAAGACGAUACGAAAGAAUGUGAAGACUAGAAGGCCAACCGAAGCCGUAGAUUGUGUAUAUAUUUAUGCUGAUUUAUAUAGCAUUGAUCUGGAUAAAGACAUAACUCUGCUUGUGUAUGCAUAAAAAAAAGAAAUGAAAAGCAACUAGUUGCAUGUGGUGGCAAGUUGCCAACAACA